AAGGACGUUGGUGUUGAGGUUGGCAUACAUAUCAAGGACAGUAACUACCAUGGCUCCCGAAGUGUUGCCAAAGCCUCAGAUGCAUGGCCUUCUGGCCAAGCGUCUGCAAUUUCAUAUGUUUGGAGCAUUCAUGGUAUCCCUGGGGGUUGCAGCUUUGUAUAAGUUUGGUGUGGCUGAACCAAGAAAGAAGGCAUAUGCAGAUUUCUACAGAAAUGGAGAUUUGGAGGAGAUGAGGAAGGCUGGUAUCUUUCAGAGUCUUGGGGUCAUCUUAGACCUUGUACUCUCCUUUUCUCCCAACUCCUGUCAGGUGUAG